UAGAAGCAGCGAAGAGCUUCAGCGCAGGACUAACCAGAGAAAACAGAAAGAACCUCAUCACUUUGACUGACUUUAUCUUCUAUCCGCAGAUAAUCACACCAGAGUUGCACUUUUGUCUUUAAUUCCGUUUCUGGACACAUCUUUUCCAUUCAGCCAACUGGGUGAGACAAAGCUCGUCGGUGCCCUGAGCCACAGAACUCUGGUAGGGGGCUGGCUGGCUGUAAAUUGACGUGGCAUGGAAAUUCUCCACUAAGUUGCAGCAGCUUACGAGCUCCUCAAAGAUCGAGCCCAGCGUCCCGGAGCUGGAGCGAAGGCUCAGUAACAGGAACGUUAAAGAAGAAUGGAUAAAAGUCCCCAGUUCCUCGCCUUGGACCCGCCGCUUUCUUUCUGGCUAUCUGUCAUUUCGCUGAAAACCAAAUCAAAGCAGUUAAGUCUGUAACUUUGUUUUCGCAGUUUAAACAGCAAAAUUGACUGCUCUUGCCCCUCCGGCUCUUCCCUGCAGUCUUAACUCCUUGCAGACUUUGCCAUGGGGUGCGGACUUAGGAAGCUGGAAGACCCUGAUGAAAGCAGCCCUGGAAAAAUAUUUUCUACCCUGAAGAGACCGCAAGUGGAAACAAAGACAGAAUUUGCUUAUGAAUAUGCACUGCUGGAUUUUACUUUACAAGCUUCAACAAAUCCAGACGUCAUCAAGAUAAAUUCAGUCCUGGAUAUAGUUGCCAAAGUAGAAGACUAUUAUCUUAAGGGCUAUGUUGUUGGGGCCAUUCACCCAGUUAUACAACCUGUGGGGCAGCGGAAGCACAUUCCAGCAAGUUACCUGUACAGAGCGGUGCUGUCCCGGCUGAAGCUAAGCCCCAAGCAUUCGGCAGCAGGCAGGCAAAGGCGCGCAAGGCUUGUGAUGGAGGAGUGUCCACUAACUUGUGAGACACAAGCGAACGACGCUGCGAAGGAACUCACGGACAAGAUUAAUGCCGCUGCUAGAAAAGGGAUGAAGUUUGUUGGGCUUGUCUCCCAGUGCUGCUUGCCAUCUAUGCACUGUAAUGGAGCCAGCCAUGAUGGAGUUGCAGAGUCGGGGCUACACGUGAGACAAGGUUCACAAGACAACUGCAAAGGCUGGAACGAAGGAGCCCUGGGUGGACACUUGUCGGAAAGUGGAGUGGAGGAGGAACCGCAGCAUGAAAGUGGACAGCAUCAGACAGAGAGGAACAGCAGCCCCAGCUACGCCAACCCAAAGCAGGGAGAAGCCCCAGAUAGUAAGCUGUACAUGGUCUUCAAUGCUUUUGAGGAGGAUGCGGCCAGCUGGGUCUAUCAGGAAGGAGUCCUGUCCAUGAAAGUGACUCGGAAGGGAGCUGUCAUCAGCGCGCUGGAUGCCAACUGGCUAGAACUAACUACAUUUUACUAUAAGCAAGGCUUCUCUUUAAUCGACUCUUUUGUGUGCUGGGAGACACCUAAAGGAGACCAGUUACCUAAAUCUUUGGAAGGCUUUUUUAUCUAUGAAGAAGAAGGACCUGGAGUCCCAGGUUCUAACAGGAGAGGAAACGAUGCCAUUGUGGUAGAACAGUGGACAGUCAUUGAGGGCUGUGAAAUCAAAACCGAUUACGGCCCCCUGCUGCACACCCUGGCUGAGUUUGGAUGGCUUCUGACAAGCGUGUUGCCUACCCCUAUAUUGAGACACGACAGUGAAGGGAAUUUGGCUACCAAGCAAGUCGUAUUUCUCCAAAGGCCAGUUACGUGGAAUUCAGCGGCUCAGACCCCAGAAAGGAAAGGUAGCCGUCUGCUGAGGGGUGAAGACAGAAACAAGGUCGGCAGCAGGAGCCAAGGCCUGGACGCAAACGAGUCCCAAGUCGCAGGAGGCCGAGCCCCUCUUGAGGAGGGCUCCCUCUCUCCGUCCAGAGAGUGCUGGACCAAGGAAGAGCAGCCCACACAGAGCGACAGCUUCUCCGGGUUCAGUAGCAGCGACAGUGUCCUCCGGGAACUUGAUGAUGGACAGUUUGACCAGGAAGAGGGCGUGACACAGGUCACUUGCAUGUGAGUUGCCAGGUGACCCCAUAGGAGGCCUUGUAAAUAGUUAUUAAAUGACUGCCAUCUGACUUUA